CUGCCGGGGGCCGGCAUGGAGCCGGGCGAGAGGAAGAGGCUCUCAUCUGCCUCGUCGGAAGGAGACCGGAGAGAAGAAAACAAAUUAAAACCAGGAACUUCACAAGACUUGACUUCUUCCUCCAAAUUAGACAGAUACAAAAUAGCAAGACAAUUAACAGAAAGAGCAAUCAAGGAAAGGAAGAUUUUCUCCAUCUACGGACACUACCCGGUGAUCCGGGCUGCCUUGCGGAGGAAGGGCUGGGUGGAGAAGAAGUUCCACUUUCUGCCCAAGGUCGUUCUGAAUGUCAAGGAUGACAGUGCAGGGGCGACAGAAAAUAAACGUGCGGAAGGCAAAGAAAAUGAAGACGUGGCUUUGGAGAAAACAGAGGACAUCCAUGAUGUGAUGUCCAGGUUGGUAAAAAAUGAAAUGCCAUACUUCCUCUGGACCAUCAAAAGGGAUGUCAUUGACUAUCACAGCCUGAACUGUGACCAGAUGCUGAAUCACUACUGGAAGACCGCCUCCUUCACCACCAAGAUAGGGCUGUGCGUGAACAUGCGGAGCCUGCCAUGGUACGCCUCGGACAACCCCGACUCCUUCUUCCCGCGAUGUUAUGGCCUCUGCACCGAGAGCGAGCAGCAGGAAUUCCAGAACGACUUCCGGCGCACAGUGGCCUCCAGCAUCCUCAAGUGGGUGGUCAGCCACCAGACCUGCGACAGGAGCAAACCCAAGAGCAGGAGGGAGGAGGCCAGUGACAGUGACCCCAGCAACAGGAAGGGUCCUGAGAAUGACGGAUCGAAGCUCACAGGCCUCUCGGGGCAGGUCGUGGACAUGGCGUGCAGGGUGUGCCAGGCCUACCUGGGGCAGCUGGAGCACAAGGACAUCGACGUCUCCGAGGACACCACCCAGGACCUCACAGAGGACGAGUGGAAGGACCUGACCCAGCAGUACUACUCCCUCGUCCAAGGCGACGCUUUCAUCUCUGAUUCAAGAAACCACUUUUCGCGGUGCCAGGCUCUGCUGAGUAAACUCACCUCCGUGAACCCCCAGAUGGAGAUUGACGGGCUUCGGAACAUCUGGAUCGUAAAACCCGCGGCCAAGUCCCGGGGCCGAGAUAUAGUGUGCAUGAACCGCGUGGAGGAGAUCCUGGAGCUGGUGGCUGCAGACCACCUCCCCGCCAAGGACAACAGGUGGGUGGUGCAGAAGUACAUCGAGACGCCACUGCUCAUCUAUGACACCAAGUUCGACAUCAGGCAGUGGUUCCUUGUCACCGACUGGAACCCCCUGACCAUCUGGUUCUACAAGGAGAGCUACCUGCGGUUUUCCACACAGCGCUUCUCCCUGGACAAUCUGGACAGCGCCGUCCAUCUGUGCAACAAUUCCAUCCAGAAGCACCUGCGCAACGACAAGGGGCGCAGCCCGCUGCUGCCGGGCCACAACAUGUGGACCAGCACCCGGUUCCAGGAGUACCUGCGCCGGAGGGGCCGGAGCGCCGUGUGGGGCAGCGUGGUGUACCCGGCCAUGAAGCGCGCCGUGGCGCACGCCAUGAGGGUGGCGCAGGCCCGCGUGGAGCCGCGCAAGAACAGCUUCGAGCUCUACGGGGCCGACUUCGUGCUGGGCCGCGACUACCAGCCCUGGCUGAUCGAGAUCAACUCCAGCCCCACCAUGCACGCGUCCACGCCCGUAACGGCGCAGCUGUGCGCGCAGGUGCAGGAGGACACCAUUAAGGUGGUGGUGGACCGCAAGACCGACCGCAGCUGCGACACCGGCAACUUCGAGCUGCUGUUGAGACAGCCUAAGGUGGAGCUGCCCCUGUUCCACACCUCCGAGCUCUGUGUGAAAGGCAUCAGCGUGGAGGACCAGGGCUGCUGCCCCAUGCCCACCUGCUCUACCUGCUGGGACCUCAGGGGGCUGCCAAGGGAACCCCCAGCGUCGUGCCUAGUGUGCUGUGGCUCGCUGCCGCCCGCCUGGCCCUGCAAGCGCUGCCGCUCCUUCUGCAGUGCCGUCCCACGGGGCGCCUGCUUUGUGCCCCUUGGCAGAGGACGCCUGCCGUGGGCAGAUGAGAACAAGACGCCUCCUGGCACCCGGCUCCUCCCCAAGGUGCCCCCGCCCCUGGAGCCGUCCCUGCUGGACGGUGAGCCCCUGCCCGCUCCUAGGUCCCUGUCCCGAGGGCAGGUGGCCUCUCCUGUUCUCAGGUCCCUGUCCCGAGGGCAGGUGGCCUCUCCUGUUCUCAGACCCCUGUCAUGGGGCAGGUGGCCUCUCCUGUUCUCAGGGCUUCGCCUGCAGGAGCCUCGUGAACUGUCCGCAUACCCGGGUUGGUCUGACCGCCAGGACUCUCCCCUGCCGGAGGGCGGAAGCCGUUGCUUUUACGUGAGCCACAUCUUGUCUGAGCUCUUCCAGGGCCACAUGAGCUUCCCACGCAGACCCUUGUCCUCAUCGCUCGCGGUCACCUGGCAGUACCUGUGGAGCGGUCUGGUGCCAACCUGGGCUUCCGCCUAA